AUGGAAGAAAUACUAUCCCUCGAGCCAUUUACUAAAAUCGCUCAAAAGAAUAAGAAUUCAUUAAGAUUCGUAACAUUUAAUGUCAAUGGUGUCAAGACAAUCUUCAAUUACCACCCUUGGAACAAGUUCAAGAAUGAUUUUAAUGCAAUGUUCAACCUGCUACAGGCAGACGUGAUUACUUUACAAGAGUUGAAACUAACUGAGCAAACUAUGAGCUCCUUGAGAAAUAUUGGGCAUCUCCAAGAUUUUCGCUCUUUUAUUAGUCUUCCCACUACUAAAAAGGGGUAUAGUGGCGUGGGUUUGUUUGUAAGGAUUCCCAAAACACCAGCACAAGCAAAAUGGUUGACUAUCAAGCGUGCAGAAGAGGGUAUAACUGGCUGGUUAAGCGACAGAAACGGUAACGUAUAUCAAAACCACCCGGAUUUUGAUUCGAUAGGAGGUUAUCCGCGCAUUUCAAAAGAGGAAGGACUAGAAUUGGACAGUCAAGGAAGAUGUGUUGUUGUGGAACUUGACAAUAAUUGCGUCGUUUUUGCAGUAUAUUGCCCAGCAAAUUCACUCGGUACAGAAGAAGGUGAAAACUACAGACUCAAGUUUCUACAAUGCUUGCUAGAACGAUGUCACUAUUUAAAGUUUCAAUGUAAAAAAGAUGUAAUAUUGAUGGGUGAUAUAAAUGUGAGUUUAGAUCUAAUAGAUAGCGCAGAAGGUAUUAAGGACAGGCUAGUUGGAAAAUUGAUAACUGACGCACUUGAUGGGCAUCAGUUUGAAGUACAAAAUUACGAAGAAUGCUGCAAGUUUAAAACUUCAAGGCAAUCGAGAGAGUUGAUGAACAAAUAUGUUAUUAGAUCAUUAUGGCAAGGUAUGGAGGAAAUGCAAAACAAUAAUCAGUUUUUGUACGACACCACUAGGUACAUUCAAGGUAGGAGAAAGAAUAUGUACACCGUAUGGAAUACCCUCACUAGCUCGAGACAGAUUAAUUUUGGAUCAAGGAUUGAUUUGGUUCUUUGUAGCUCUUAUGAAAUGAUGAAAAAAAUUUCAAAAGCUGAUAUUUGGCCGUUUAUAUUGGGGAGUGACCAUUGUCCUGUUUUCACUGAUUUCGAUUUGUUGGAUGAUGAAGAAGAAAACAAACUAUCAUCAUCAUCAUCAUCAUCAUCUUUGACUACUACAUUAACAUCAGAGAAGCUACCUUUUGAAGCAAAAAACCAUUAUAGAUUGAACAAGAGCAAAGAUAUUUCCCUGUUUUUUGGAAAAUCAGAGAGUUCUACAGAGUCGGAAAAUGAACGCUCAACAAGCACAAAACCAUCAACGCCAGAUGAAGCAUACCCGAAAUUGAAAAAGCCUAGAGUCUUGACCUACACUAGUAGGAAAGCCACAAAAUCUUCUAGUCAGAAACCAAUAAGUAAAUUUUUUUCCUAA